AUGCUUGAGGCUCGAUCAUAUCAGGAAGGGAGUCUGUGGUUCUAUGCACCGAACAAGGGUGCUCCCAUUGCUUUUGCAGUACUCUUUGCAUUAUCCGGAGGUAUCCAUUUUUACCAAUGCCUUCGGUACAAAUCUUGGAAGGUAACCGGCCUUCUCCCAUGGUCUGCUCUCCUCUUCACCGGAGGUUUCAUCACAAGAACCGUCGGUGCGUUUGGGCAGUGGGGUAACAUCGGCAUCUACAUUGCUAGCAGCGUCCUCCUACUGGCAGGCCCACCUGUUUACGAAGGCGCAAAUUACUUCAUCCUCGGUCGCAUGCUCUACUACAUACCUUACCACUCACCUAUUCACCCCGGUCGUGUUUUCACCACUUUCGUUGCUGUCGGAGUAGCCAUCGAAGCCAUCACAGCUAACGGAGCCGUUCGAGUCGCAAGCUCCGAUUCGACACCGCACGACCAAAGCAUUGGAAAAGCCCUGCUCAAGGCAGCCCUUAUCAUGCAGCUCGCUCUCAUGGUGGCAUUCACUGCACUAGCCGCCAAGUUCCAAUUUAACUGCUCCAAAGGAGGUGUGCUGAAUGCUAAGAUCAAGCGGUGUCUGAUUGUUCUGUACAUCAGCUCUACGCUCAUCACCAUUCGAACCAUCUACCGAACCGUCGAGUACUUUACUGCCGCGAACCUCAACACCUACACUGAUAUCGAGCACAUCAGUCCGGUGCUCAAGCAGGAAUGGUUCUUCUGGUUCUUCGAAACGGUUUUCAUGUAUAGCAACAGUACCCUGCUCAACAUGUUUCACCCAAUGCAGGUUUUACCUCGCAACAACAAGAUUUACCUGUCUCAGGAUGGCGAGACGGAGAUUGAAGGGCCUGGAUACGAGGAUACUCGCCCUAAGAUUGCCACAUUUGUUGACCCGUUUGACAUUUAUGGUCUGAUUGUGCACCGGGGUAAGAAGGAGAAAUACUGGGAGACCAAUGAGGCGCAGCAAGUUAAGGCUUCUGAUGCGCGCACCCCUCAAGAGGCAUGA